CAUCCUUGUCUUGUCCGUCGUUCGGUGCGCACACGGCAGUUUUGAUCGUGAACGGUGAAAGGUGGCGCAGUUGUCGCGCACGAUCGUGGAAAGUCUCAAGCAGCUACUAUUUGUGAUCAUUUGUGAUCGUGCGUGUCGCGUUCGUUCGUUCGUCUGAACCGCGGCGGAUUGAACUCGGAAGGUCGUUUGCAGAUUCAUCAGCAUCUUUCCCUGAUUUCACCUUCAAUAGAAGUACAGGUUGGACUCGAUUACCCGGAAUGUUGAUUUUUUUCACUCCGGAUAAUCGAAUUAUAAAGAAAAUGCAACCGAACGUCUUGCUUCCAUACAUCGUGACCUAUUGCCGCCUCCCUAUCAGAUUAGAAUCCGAAAAACAGUGAGACAGAAAAAGACAGUGCGCGGAGGUCAAAAGUGAAAUCGGGCCAGAGAUAUCGGAGAACCAAAUCGAGUUUUCUGACAGCAUCCUUUCCCGUCUUUCAUCACUUCCUCCGAGCGGGAGAAAAUCGGGCCACACGGAGCGAGAGCAAACCUCCGCUCCGAACGGCGGAAAGGAUGAGCACACACAGCAUCAUCAGCCAGCUAGCAGUAGUGGCAGCUGCAGCAGCAUCCAGUCUUGCGUGUGUGAAAAGUGAAAAGUGAUCCGUAGAGGCGAAAAACGAUUUUCUUCCAUCGCGACUGGGUUUGGUGAUAAAUUCGCCAUUGAAAUUUUUGGACGAGUGUGCGACCGUGAAGUGGGAAACGGAUCCGUGCGAGCGUGGCGAGCGUGACGGUCGUGAAAAGUGUCCCGUGCCGGACGGAAUUCUCCAACUAAGGUGGAGAUUUUUUCUGCGUUUUUGGCGAGUCGAACGGAAGAGAAAAAAAAAAGUCGGUCGGGGCGUCGACGUGCAAAUCCAUGGUGCAAGAGCCUUCGCUGAUCGAAUCCUUGCGACGGAUUCGGCUGUUGGUCAGGAAGGAAACUACUAACCGAGCGUAAAAUGGAUAAAAUAAGGAUUUCCCGAUAAAGUUCGCAAGGGGUGGAUGCUGUGUGGUGAAAAAUUGUGAAAAAAUGGAAGCUACCUUCGAGAAAGGAUAACAAUUGAUUUGCAUCAGAUAGUGGCAGAAGUGUUGAAUUGGAAAUUUGUAAUAUCGAAAACGAAGCGAAGAAAAUGGUGUUACGCACUGUUUUAUUGUGUGCCAGUGAUGGAAUGGAUGCGAACAAGUCCCUUCGGGGGACGAUGAGUGAUGGUUACGAGAAAAGUAAAAAUUAUGGUGUUAAUAUUUAAGCAAGACCACCCCAACCGUUGACGAAAAAACGUAAUACUGUGCCAGUGCGUAAAAGGAGAUUCAUAGAAUGUUAUACUCAAGCGGGUGGUUCACAUGGAAGAACGUUCCGGAAUGAAUCGAUGGACAGGUGUCUUGAUCGUGAAUAAGUUUUCCUGCUGAAAAAAAAUCCGGCAAUAUUUUUAGAAGCAGGAGAAAUAGUAAGCGACGACGAAAAGGGCAACUUCAGAAAAAGGAAGAGGCGGUGGGUUGGGGUGCAAGGAUUUUCUUGAAGGCCCUUUCGAUUUUCGAAACUACCCACAAUACGCAUCACUUAUACACAAACGGUAUCCUGUUUUUGCUCCCUCUCCAGUUCUCCAGCACGAUCUUGUGCUCUCUUUAGUGCUCAAAGUCCUCUUGGUACACAAACACAGUUGCAAUCGCAAUCCAACACACACUCACAAUCUCAGAAUGACUAGUGAACAAUGAGAAGUACCAAAUACCAACGAGAUAAGCAAAACAUACAACCGAAAAUGCCGAAAACUAUGACUUACGGGUUAGUAUCCUCGAAGCAUAAUCCUGGAAGGUGGCGCACGGUAGAAUCGCUCGUCCUAGCCCUGCUCUGUCUGAUAGAUCAGGUGUCCUGUCAGCGGCCGCUGAGCAAUGCUACCUUCGGGACACCACACAACUCAACGGGUGUGAUAAAUGUACUCCAAACAUCGACCACCGGCCAUCCGCCAUCGAUGGAACACUACCAACAUCCGUCUGACAGCAGUCGGGACAAGAAUCAGAUUGCGGUUAAUGGUGAUGAGGUCGAGAGUGCACAGUCCGCCCUGAAUGAAAUCAAGUCCGUUGGUAGGAGCGGUGCCAGCCCGCGUCGUCCAUACCUUCCGACCCCAGCUACUCCUCCGGAUUCCGGCGGCUUUGAUGCACGCAACGAUCGCCGAAAUCCUCCCUCCAAUUCGUCGCGGAGAAAGCUCGGCUCGGGAAUGACCGAACUGCGGAAGUUCAAUCAGCUAAAAAUCGCCGAGGGUGCUGCGGAAGCGGCCGAAGUCUCCAACGGAAGAGUGACCGGAUUUCGGCAGCCUUUCCUCAACAGCGGCAAUGUUGGGCUGCCCGUCAACUCGCCCGGCCACGGCAGUCGACGACGAGGCAGACCGUUCGACAAUCGACAGGGCGAUGACCCGCUGCGGUUGAUUUUCAGGGAGUUUAAGGAGCCCCGGCACAAUCCACUGAUCGAUGGGGACGAAGCGGAGGACGAUCUCGGGAUGAAGUGCAACUUCGAGAGCGAGUGCACCUGGACGUGGGACAAACACGACCACAACAGCUUUCAGGUGGUAACGGGUGCCAACUUGACCGAAUCGAACCGCACCGGCAUGAUGCCAGGCCCAAGUGCGGACGGAUUGAGCGAUGUCAAUGGUCACUUCCUACAUUUACGGCUGACGGCUGACAGUACGCCGCAAAUCCUAACGUCACCGGUAUUCUCCACCAGUCGGGAGAACUGUUACCUUGAAAUGCUGACUCAUCAGAGUUCGAUGGAAUUCGGUUUGUUGAGGAUUGUUAUCGAACCGGUCGGCAACCACGAGUCGGCUCUGCUCUCCUCGGAGACCCCUGGCAACAACUAUCAACGGUGGCAGCUGGACACGUUUCGGAUCGAUAAGGUAUCGAAAGAUUUCAAGCUACUGUUCGAGGUGGUCCCAAAUAGGCUCGGAGGGCACGAAAGGGGACAUGUCAGCAUCGAUAAUCUGAGAAUGGUGAACUGUCGGAUUCCGGAUUUGAUAAGCACAAACAACUGCAGCUUGUCGCAGGUUCGCUGCCAGGCUGACAAGACACCGGUAUGUGUCAAUUCACCCAGUAUCUGUGACAUCACGGUGGAUUGUGACGAGGAGGAGGACGAAUCGCUAAACUGCGAUAAAAUACCCUUCGGAGGACGAUGUGAUUUCGAGAACGGGUGGUGUGGGUGGCAGAACUACGGUAAUGCCAUUCUAUCGUGGGCUCGACACUCGGGUCCCACGCCGACGGAGAAAACUGGACCGGACACCGAUCAUACGCACGAGGGAACCAACGAAACUGGAUACUACAUGUUCGUGAACAUGAAUCAACACGCGAACGACAGUGAGAAGAAAACUUUGGUGGGGCUCGCCAGCAAUGCCAUCAUGAACAGCGUUAUCUUCAACCCUCCGCCAUUGGUUCAUACAAACGCUUCGUCCCCCUACAGGAACUCCUGCGUGGUGCGUUUCUUCGUCCACCAGUAUGGUAUGAAUCCGGGCAGCAUUAACCUCUCGAGUGUUGAAAUCAAGGAGAAGGAAAACGUCACUACCACCCUAUGGUGGAGCUCAAAAAAUCUCGGCGACAGCUGGGGACGGGUGGAUAUCCCCAUGCCAAAUAUCACCACGAAAUACUACCUUCAGUUCGAGGCUCGCAUGGGAAUGCGAAUUUUCUCGGAUGUCGCCAUCGACGACUUUUCGCUGAGUCCCGAAUGCUUUGGUCUCAACAUACCGGCAGACCAUCUGCAAGGGUACAACUACUGGGAUCCAAGGAUCGGUGGAGUCAAACAGCCCCAUAAGGACUUUGUCGGAAAGUCGUUCAUCGAACUCAACACUUGCGGAGCCAAAGGACAGGAGGGACCCACGCCUGCCGAUUGUCUAGUGUCGUAUAACAAUACGGAGGCCUUCAAUGCGAUCCACGUGAUCGAUAGCCUCCCCUUCAAGGGCAUCCAGGCGUGGAAGGUGCCCAACGAAGGAUACUACACAAUCAUCGCGAAAGGAGCCGGUGGAGGUCUGGGAUCUAACGGAGUUGGAUCUUCCCGGGGGGCAAUGGUGCUGAGUGUGCUCGAACUUCACAAAGACGAGGAAAUCUACAUCCUGGUGGGUCAGAGUGGGGAGCACGCUUGUAUCAAAUCGAUUGGGUAUCGGGAUGAAACCUGCGAACCAAAAAACAAGCAAUACCCGAUGGAAAUCACAAAAAUUCGUCACGUGAAGAACACGGUAAUCGAGGAUGGUGCCGGUGGAGGUGGCGGUGGAUCGUAUGUGUUUUUGCUCAACUCGGCGAACACUGCGGUUCCACUACUCGUGGCUGGUGGUGGUGGUGGCCUUGGCGUGGGACGUUAUCUCGAUGAAGAUGUGCAGCAUGGUAAGAGGUUCAGACCGGGGAGCAAAGAUGUCUCCGGGACGGCAUAUCUGGAGCCCGGAGUUCGAUUGGUUGAGUCAGACUCGAACAAUGCGUCCCAUCGCCAUGCCGGACCCGGAGGCGGAUGGCGAGCCCAGCCAGAUAUGAUAACGAAUGCAAAGUAUGGUGCCUCACUGCUCGAAGGAGGCCUUGGAGGUCUCCCAUGUUAUGCUCCCCGAGGUACUCAUGGUCAGGGUGGAUUUGGUGGCGGAGGAGGCGGCUGUGAUAGUGGAGGUGGUGGUGGAGGUUACUCCGGUGGCGACACGAUAAUUAACUCCACCAAUGGACAGGGUGGAAGUUCCUUUCUUGCAUCCAAGCGGAAUGUUCCGGAGCUGUCCAUGGAGCAGUCAGGUGCAAACAGCGGACAUGGAACAGUAUUGAUCAUCCCGGCUAUCCAGGGUUGCGGAUGUGAUUAUCGUUGUGUUGCGCUGGAUGAAUAUCGUGCUACAGUGGGCUGCAUUUGUCCGGAUGGGUGGACCCUUAAACCUGAUAACUAUACUGCUUGUGAACUACUAACUGAAACUCUCGAAAUGAAGUACCUAAUAGUGUUCUUUGCGGUCGUUGUGGUAAUUUUACUUGCGGCGCUGACUAGUCUAAUACUCAUUCUAUAUAACCGCUUUCAACGCAAACGUCAAGCUGCUCUCCGGCACAAGAUGCUUCUGGAGCAAGAUCUGCAGCUUAGCCGGCUGCGCAGCACUGCAGACGAUACGGGACUGACCAACUUUAAUCCUAACUAUGGUUGUGAUGGUAUAUUGAACGGAAACGUGGACGUCAAAAGCUUGCCCCAGGUGGCGCGAGAAAGUCUACGAUUGGUCAAGGCCCUCGGACAGGGUGCUUUCGGAGAAGUCUAUCAGGGACUGUAUCGACACCGCGAUGGGGAUGCCGUUGAGAUGCCGGUAGCGGUCAAAACGCUCCCGGAAAUGUCCACCGGACAGGCGGAGUCUGAUUUUCUAAUGGAGGCGGCCAUUAUGGCCAAAUUCAAUCAUCCAAACAUUGUCCACCUGAUAGGUGUCUGCUUCGAUCGCCAUCCAAGGUUUAUUGUCCUUGAAUUACUCGCCGGUGGCGAUCUUAAGAACUUCCUCCGGGAGGGUCGCAACAAACCAGAACGUCCAUCCCCGCUCACCAUGAAAGAUCUUAUUUUUUGUGCGCUCGAUGUCGCCAAAGGCUGCCGCUAUAUGGAGAGCAAACGCUUCAUCCACCGUGACAUCGCGGCCCGUAACUGCCUCCUAAGCAGUAAGGGUCCCGGCAGAGUGGUGAAGAUUGCUGACUUCGGCAUGGCGCGCGAUAUCUACCGGUCCGACUACUAUCGGAAGGGUGGCAAAGCGAUGCUACCCAUCAAGUGGAUGCCUCCGGAAGCCUUCCUGGAUGGUAUCUUCACCUCAAAGACUGACGUGUGGUCGUUCGGUGUGCUGCUCUGGGAGGUGUUCAGUCUCGGUCUGAUGCCGUACACCGGGCUACCGAAUCGUGACGUAAUGCAGCUGGUGACCGGCGGUGGCAGACUUGAUGCUCCUCCUGGGUGUCCGAAUGCGAUCUACCGCAUAAUGGCUGACUGCUGGAACCCCACACCGGAGGAACGGCCUGCAUUCUCGAACCUGCUGGAACGGCUAACGACCUGCACCCAGGAUCCGGAGGUGAUGAAUGCUCCGCUACCAAGCUUUUUCCGGCCACCGUCAAAUGAACGAGACACUACGAUAAUGCGUCCUCCCGGAAAUGACGAUUUCUGUCUCCAGGUGCCAAACUCAUCCGAUUAUCUGAUACCGCUACCCGGACCAAGAUCAGUGGCGGAGCGACUGCUGAGCGAGGCCACUGGCGUUACCAUCCCGGAUACGCUAGUUACCUGCACCCCUCCUAAGACAGCAUCGCCACGGAUCAUGAACGGCCCCCAGCAGCUGCCGGAGGGCAAGUGUUGGGAGACGUCCUUCAUUCGCGAGCAUCCCACCGUGGUUACACCCGCGAACGUCAUACCACAGCAGGAUCCAAUCCUGCUGGCAAAUGAGAAUGGUCCGAUCGAGGUACCCGGAUGUCAAGUGGUUGACAAGCUUAUAUCACUUGAUACACCACAGCAAACGCCCACCAGCAUACAGCCGCCCAUUUCGUUCAGCACUCCGAUCACGAACUCGCAACACGGUCCAAUCGUGGUAGCACCUACCACGUUAGCCGGUACCCACAAUGGAGUGAUGACACACUGCAACGGCAACGGAGGAUACGGCAGGGUGGUUGGUGUGGUUGGCCCGAACACAAACGGCGACACCCACAAUGGUCACAACCAUGUCGUAGCCCCUCCGCCACCUCUGGUGGAUCAAAUCGAGACGGCGAAGCUGCUGAACAGCAUACCGCCACCGAUCACCCUGGAUCCGUCCACAUUGAACAAGCAGCAGUCGGGUGGGGUUGGCAUUGGAGGAACCUCGUACGCCAACAUCCGAAUGAUCAACGCUAACGGUUUGAACAACGGCGAUCACGGGGAGAAGCUGAUCGGUGGCCGGGGUAAUGGCGGGGGAAGUGGUGGUGGUGGUGGCGGCAUUGGUAGUGGCGGUGGUAGUAAUCACCACCACAGCAAUAGCAGCGGUAGUGACAAGAGCAAUGAGAACCGGCCGACGGCUUUCACCAUCCAGACGUUCAGCGAUCGGUACUUGAGCAAUGAGAACCACUCGGAGAUUAGCUGUUAAGAUGGGGGUCGGAAUAUGCGGGACUUCGAUACUGGUAUGUUUGGGUGAUGGUUGGAAACAUAAGGAAAAGUCUGCUUUUUUGUUGAUCGAAGUGAUGAUAUGUCGAAGAAACUGUUUUAGAGCGAACGAUUUAUAUGGAUGCAAUUUUUGAACUGUUUCUUCAAGGUAUAUACUUCAAUAUUUUUUUUAACCAUAGCUCGCUCAUAUAGUGCCAACCGAGACUUCGUAAUGCAAAACUUAUUCAGAAGCAACGUUAUUUUCUAAACGACACGUUUAUUUCAGUUUUCGUUCGGUUGUGUGAACGCAUACUUUUUUUUCCAAUUCAUUGAUUUGUGAGACAUUAUCGCAUAAGCUUUGCGGAUCCGCUAAUUCAAGAUUUGUUUAUACAAAAUUCAACUUAAAUCUAUGUUUAGUAGGAUAUACUCGAGGUUAGAGGGGCAACAAUUUUGGUGGGGCCACCGCCCAAGACUUCCAGUGUCCCAAUCGGUUUGCCAACUCAAGAGGGAACUCUGACGCAGUGAUUGGAAAAAUUCAUCGUAUGAAAUCUGUCUAUCAAACAAUUCGCCGUCCUGGGCAUCCACCUUUGCGAGAGUGUCCGCCUUCUCAUCGCCAGAAAUUGAGCAAUGAGAGGGGACCCAUACAAAGGUUAUCUUAAAAGAUCAUUCGAUCAGUGCACUCAUCUGCUGCCUCACUUUUGUGAGGAAAUGAGAUGGGUGCCUACUAGUUUUCAUCGACUGGAGAGCCUCAAGCGAACUGAGACUAUCCGAGAAAAUAAAGUAAUGGUCUGCAGGCUUGUUGGAGAUCAUCCACAAUGCGAAGUCGAUAGCUGCUAGCUCAGCAACAUAAUCGGUACAAGGUUACUGCAGUUUACGGAAGGCGCUCGAGUUUUCAUUGAAAACACCGAAGCGGAUCCAUUGAGGCGAGAAGUGAAGUGAAGUGAAGUAUCUUUUCAUGCAAUUGACUUUUUGGUACUUUCGGUUAAAAAUAUGAGGAAUGAAAGUUGGUCGAAGCUGAUCUGAAAUUCCAAGAGUUACUUGUUUCAUCGACAGAUCGUAUUCAAUUGAGGAACUGCUGAUGGUGAAGUGAGCACGGUCUGGAGUAAACAAUGGAAGGCAAAUAUCUGACGAAAAAUAGUGGUGAUAAAUUCUCAUAAACCGAGAUUGUAUGUUUAGAUGAAAAUUUUUUUUCAAAGUUUUCAAUCACAAGUGUGUUCGUGACUCCGCAUUUCAUCAGUAUUCUGAGAAAAAGCUUCCAGAAUCGGUUCUGUAGAAGUGUUACUCCUGCUAGAAUCUUGAGACUCAUCUAAUGCGUUGAGUGCAUACAGUCGAGAGCUAUACGCAGACAAUGAUAUCGAAUUUGUUCCAAUUUUAAAAGGUGACUUUUAACUGCUGAAAGAAUGCAGAAAGAGCCGUACUCCACAAUAGACAGAAUAGUUGUUUUAUAAAGCAAUGAUGAGAUGAGAUCUCCCGGAUGAGCUCUCCAUUACUCGCCACAAAUCGAACGGAAAAAGUCGACCCUCUUUUGGCCUCUUUUGCUUCAAAUACGUAAUGUGAGUAUUCCAAGUACAUUUUGAGUCAAACCAUACCCCAAGGUAUUUGAAGGUCAAUGAUUGGAUAAUGUUUCUGCCCAAAAGCUUAAGUUGCAAUUGGGCUAGGAACCGCUCUCGGUUAAACACUUCCAAUUCCGUUUGGUGCGGUGGGAAUUCAAUCCCUAAAUUCCUUGCCCAAGAAAACAAGUUGUCCAAGGAAUUUUGAAAUGGUUUUUGCUAGUUUUCGGCUUGUGGACCCUUUACAGAAACCACACCAUCAUCUGCAAGCUGUCUUAGCGUGCAUUGUUCUGCCAAACAACUGUCAAUAUCUUUCACAUAAAACUAAUAAAGAAGGUGGCUCAGACAUGAGCCAUGGGGCAGACCCAUAUAACUAUUUCUGGAAGUUGUCGGUUGCCCUAGGGUGAAGUUCAUUCGCUUUUCUGACAACAAAUUGUACAAGAAAUUAUUCAAAAUUCCAGAAAGUCCACAUCUGUGCAGAUUAUCUAACAGAAUUUCUAUGGAAACCGAAUCAAAAGCUACCUUAAUGUUCAGGAAUACUGAAGCCAGUUGCUCCUUGUGCGCAAAGACUAGUUGUAUAUCUGUGGAAAGCAACGCUAGGCAAUCGUUUGUUCCUUUGCUCUUGCGAAAACCAAAUUGUGUACUUGAGAGCAAACUUUUUGUCUCGAUCCAUAGUUCGAGUCUUCGAAGGAUCAUUGAAGUUGAUUCGUUACUGGUAUGUCAGUUUUAGCUACGCAGUAUGUCAUAACCAAAUACUUUUAGAACCGAAACAUAUACCCAUUCAUUCGAAAACCAGAAGGCGUGAUUGUUUUGCUGGAUAGGCGAACAGGUUUGUGCUUCCUAUAAAAAGCAGGUUAUUUCAGUGUUCUCCGUAGAGAAUCCAAUACCCAGCUUGAGAGCCCACGUAACAGGUUGUUUAGGGUUUUUGCCAGGGUAGUAAAUGGUCGACAUUUUUGGUGACCAUCACUUACUGCCUGCGCGAAAGUUACAGCUCAAUAUGUACUGUGAACGUGACCAAGAAUGCAUUGCUCGGCUUCAACAGUCAGAAAUAAAUGCUUUAGAGCGUUGCUGCACAUAUACAUCAGCCUCCUCACACAUCCAUACACGAUGGAUGGCUUUUACACAGAUUGCUCAUAUCAAAGCAACCAUCAAACUCACCUCUAUCAAUUACAAUUGUGUUGAACGAACGUUUUAAGCGGUGAGCGUUCCCGUGAAUCGGUUUCGAAUUGUCAUCGAUACCUCAAUUCUCGCUAAAGGCUCCCUUUAGUUCGGCUGCAGAAACGAGAUGGAAUUGGGAGAGAAAAGCAUAGUACAUAGGCGUGUAAGCGUGACCAUCCUCGUCUCAUAUCGUGAUAACAAUUAAAUGCAAUUCCCUCCUUGCCUUCCUUUUUUGUAUUAGAGAGCCUUUAAACUUUGCAAUUCAUUCGCCUCUAAUGGAAUUCCGAGCAGGCGCCAGCUUAUAUGCGGAUUUGUGUGAUUUCAAUAGUCUGCUUUCAAAGCUAUUUUUAAAUUAUUGAAACAAGUUUUCAGGUCAAUAAUUAACAACCAUAUAACCAUUGUCUUUCGAAUGAAGCGAUUAUCGUACCACUCCGUUCAGCCGGAAAAUAGGUAUUAACGUUCAAAACCUUGCACUUCAAGCGUUACGUUUUCGUUUUCGAAACUUUGAACUCACACCCCGGUACAGAAAUGAAAGACGGAGUCCUGCGUCAAAAUUCCGUGGCUAUCGUGCAAGAAAACACUCGGCUUACUUAUUCAUAAUUUGUCUGGGAGUUGUUGUAUUGAACUUUUUUUUUUGUAUAUCUAAAUCACACACGGGUACCCCAGAUUUCUCAUCUUCAUGUUUCCAAACAUCAUUGCAGCCACAAAAAUUGCCUGUUGAGAGUGCCACAAGAAAUAGGGUUUCGAAUUUGCAGCCACAAAUUUGAUUCCGGCAUGGUUCAAAACGUAUCCCAUGACAUGUCACACCAAAAAAAAACAGCGGAAAAAAAUUAAAGUGGAAAGUAAAAGCCGAGCGUGAGUGUUCAAGCUGAAAAAUAGUAACACACGAAUAAAAAGAAAAAAAAAUUCACAACAUAUACUAUUGGUGACAUCACUAAUUUAACAAAGUAUUUCGUAACGAAAACUAGUGUACAUAUAGGUGAUUUAUUUUUGCAAAACAAGAAAGCAGAAGAAAAAUCAAGAGUUGAUAAUUAGUGAUAUAUAUGUGUAAGGUAUAUGGCAACCAAGGAGAACAAAAAAAAUGUAAACACAAACUACAACCCACAGAAAAAUAGUCAUACACAAACAAGCUGAACAAGAAUGAAAGCAAGUUCCGACAUUGUCACAGUCACAAAUCAAAACAAAACCCGGGAAGUGAGUCGACAGAAGAAGAAGAAAUAGAGGAUUAAAUUGGAGGUGCUAUUAAAUAGUUGUUAGUUUCUGUUUUCUAACAAUGUAAACAAAAAAAGAGACAGAAACAAGUUGUUAAGCUUUUAUUUACGACUGUGCUCAAAUUUUAUUGGAACACACCAAAUAGAACGAAAUCGUAAUGUAAUUAUUUAGAUAUUUCGUUAUUGAAUUUCAAUGUGCUCAUUAUUAUUACCCACACUACUGUCGAAAAGCAGUUAGAUUAUGGAUGUCCUUGUUUUUCACUGGGAAUUGUUUCACCUAAUUUCAUUAGCGAGGAUUGUGUGGUUAUUUUAUGCGACGUUUAUUGCAAAUCCCUAAAACAUGGUGGAGAGAUUAUGUUAAAUUGUGGACGGCUUGAAAAGUUUAUUUACACGCAUUCAUGAUGAGAUUUUUUCCAAAUUUUUGAUUACAUUUCGGAAAACCGACAAUAUGUUGCUCAAACAAAACAAAAGGAACAAUGGAGAAAGUAUAUGGCGACGCAAGAAGGAAAACUUGACACACAAAAUAAAAAAAAACACAUAUAUUGAGGUUAGUGAACAGAAACUAAAAAUAAUAGUUGCUACUAGAAACAAAACUUUCUCACGUGGGAAAAAUGUCAAGACAAACCCUGGAACGAGAGGCAGCAAACAGAGUAUAAUGUAUGAGCAACGAAAUUAUUGUAAUAACUGUCUACUAACAAAUCCGCUCAAACGGUGAGAAAAUUGAGACGAAGCUUCGUCAAAAAUUCGCCGUCAUCGUAAGAGUACCACAACACACGAAUACAGCUAAACCCAUGUAUUCAGUAUAUGUCAAAAAAAUUAAAAAAUGAAACACACACACAAACCAUGAUAUUUACAUCUUUUCAUACUCUACUGAAUGUGUUAUACUAGGCUAAAAAAAACGAACAACUGAAAUUAAAUUUCAUCAAAAGUAAACUGGGAGGACAGAUAAAUAAAACAAAACCUAUUAUAGUCAAUGUGUCUUCGUGGUGUACGGUGUAAGAAACCAGCAAAGCAAAACAAAAAAAAAGCAUAGUAAUUACUAGAAAUAUUUUUGUACCACAAGCAAAUGGAUACCCAAACACACACAUACAAACAAUCAGUUGAGGAUAACGAAAACGGAAAAAGGGUAAAUAAAAAAGGGUAAUGAAGAUUUAUAAAGAAGUGAAAUCCCCACUGUAAAAAAUAAGUAAAUUUCACAGAUGCCGAAACUCAUAAUCACUCAUCGCAUACAUAAGCAGGAAUAUGUUUUUCAACCCCCCAUUAGCAAGUAUUUCCGAUGAGUGUCCACGAGGGGCAGAUGUCAUUUUCUGGUAAGACGACAACACAAUUACAGAAAAACACCUUGCCGGAAAUGAAUUAUAUUAACUACUAGAUGGAGCUAGUACGCAGAUGAGAGCUAGUUGAGACGCAAAAUUUGUACACAAAACGCAGAGUAAUUUUGAUAGAAUUGUACAGGAUAAUCAGUUUAUUAAGACAGAAGCUGUAAUCGCAGAUAUAAAUAAACAAAACCAAACGUAAAAGAUAUUCAAGCAAAAAAAAAGCUGCGCAGUGGCAAUUAAAACUCUGUCGCGGGAUUCACGCGAUUAAGUUUCGAUCUGGGAACAUUUGUAUAUGAACUGUUUCAUGGACAAAGCCCAUGAGAACAAAACACACACAAAAAAAAUUAAAUGUAAAAGCCACAUAUGUUACCAACGUUUUUUACCAAAACUAAAACCUAAAACUAAACCUUACUGUAAUUAUCAAAAAAGAAAACACACACCCACACACACACAAACCAGAUGCUUCAAAAGCAUCUGCAAAAGAAGGUAAUUCUCAUAUAAAUAUGCAAUUGAGAAUGGAAGCAAAACAGUUGUGAUUGAUAUGAAAUAAAUGUAUCUAUAAUGAACAUAAGUAAAAAAAAUGGCGAAUCUAGUAGAGAUUGUAACAAAGUUUUGAUAAUUUUAGCAAAAUUUAUUCAAAAUAAAUUUAUUUUUUCACUAACAGUAAACGGGAGCGGAGCGAACGAGCUUCGUCAAAUAGACGCAUACAGAAACACACAGAAGGGAAAAAUAAAACAAAACAAAAAACACAUAUAACUACCCAAACUAGAAAAAAAAAACCAAUAAAAGAUUUUUAAGUUAUUUCGUAAGUGAAAUAAAACCUUAAACAGUGGUAUGAUAAAGAAAGAGAGAGAGAGAGA